AGUGGGCAUUUAGAAGGAACAUAUGCCGGUGUCAUCGCUUCUCUCCUGCGAAGGGGAGCCCGGAGCGGAGGAGUGGGGUUUGGUGUCAAUGGACCGUGUUUUCCUUUCCAAGGGAAGCGAAUAAAGCAGCGACGGGUUUAUCAGAUCCCGGCCGUGAAAGGGGUGGCGGGCGACCACACUCCCACGGUCCUUAACGUCUUAAAAUUUCCUCAGAUUUUUAUGUCUAGGACGCCGUCCAAGAUGUCGACCAGCAGCCCCGAAGCAGUUAAGAAAUUGCUGGAGAACAUGCAGACGGACCUGCGGUCUCUCUCCAUGGAGUGCAAAAAGAAAUUCCCCCCAGUCAAAGAGGCUGCAGAGUCUGGCAUUGUGAAGAUUAAGACCAUAGCAGCCAGGAAUACAGGCAUACUGGCAGCACUGAAGGAGAACAGCUCAGAAGUUGUUCAACCCUUUCUGAUGGGUUGUGGCACCAAAGAGCCAAAGAUCACCCAGCUAUGUUUAGCUGCCAUUCAGAGACUCAUGUCCCAUGAGGUGGUGUCUGAGGCAGCAGCGGGGCACAUUAUCAACAUGUUAUGGCAGCUGAUGGAGAAUGGUUUGGAGGAGCUGAAACUCUUACAGACAGUUCUGGUCCUGUUGACUACCAACACAGUUGUUCAUGAUGAAGUUCUAUCUAAGGCCAUUGUGUUGUGUUUUCGUCUCCACUUCACCAAGGACAACAUCACCAACAACACAGCAGCUGCCACUGUCAGACAAGUUGUCACCGUUGUGUUUGAGAGGAUGGUGGCAGAAGAUGAGCGAUUUAAAGGCAUCAUGGAGCAACCUCCUCCUGUCCAAGGAAACACCAACAGACGGUCUGUUAGUACUCUGAGACCCAGCGCCAAGGAUGCAUACAUGCUGUUUCAGGACUUGUGCCAGUUAGUGAAUGCUGAUGCCCCCUACUGGCUGGUGGGGAUGACAGAGAUGACUCGGACCUUUGGCCUGGAGCUGCUCGAGUCUGUUCUCAAUGAUUUCCCUGGUGUAUUUCUGCAGCACCAGGAGUUCAGCUUCUUGCUGAAAGAAAGAGUGUGCCCCCUCGUCAUCAAGCUCUUCUCACCCAAUAUCAAGUUCCGCCAGGGCACCGGCAGUGCAGCUGCACCAGCACCUGUUGAGAAACCCUACUUUCCCAUUUGCAUGAGGUUACUGCGAGUGGUUUCAGUCCUCAUCAAGCACUUCUACAGUUUAUUGGUGACAGAGUGUGAGAUCUUCUUGUCUCUGCUGGUGAAGUUUCUUGAUGGGGAGAAGCCACAGUGGCUCAGAGCGGUGGCUGUCGAAUCGGUCCAUAGGUUGUGUGUGCAGCCUCAUUUAUUGUGUUCGUUUUGUCAGUCAUACGACAUGAAGCAACACUCCACUAAGGUGUUCAGAGACAUCGUCAAUGCCCUGGGAUCCUUCAUUCAGUCCCUCUUUAUUGUCCCCAAUGCUGGCAACGCUGCUGCUGUCACUUCUCCUGCUGGUGGGUCAGGUCUAGGACCUCAAGUCACAUCUCAGGGUGGUCCUGGGACAGGAGGCGUCAGCAGCACCUUGACCACCCAGGCGGCAUUUGAAUAUCGUGGUACCUGGAUCCCCCUGAUGAAUGUUAGCGUGCAGGGCAGUGCCAAGGCUACAUAUCUAGAGAUGUUGGACAAGGUGGAGCCCCCGUCCAUCCCAGAGGGCUACGCCAUGUCUGUGGCCUUCAGCGCCCUGCUCGACCUGGUGAGGGGCAUCACAUCCAUGAUUGAAAGAGAACUGGCCAUGGAGGAAGAGGCAGCCUCAAAGUUCAGGGAGACUCACCCUGACCAGGAUUGGAGGUCACAACCAG